AUGCCCACGCUAAAGAUCUUCGUCCUGCUGGCGUGCGCGGCGCUCGAAGCGGGCGGCGCACGAAGCUCUAGUCACGGCUACUCCAACCCCAACGCCGGCUACGGUACAGCUGCCUUCUCACACUACAAAGCGGGCAAGUCUCAUGUAUCCGGACCAGCAGUUACUUAUGCACCUGUGCCACAGGGUGUCCCAGUUCAGCAAGAAGGCAUAGGAUCAUCAAAGAUCGCCAAGGGCAUCCUCCUCUCCAUCCGUGUAGUGAACCCGGAUGAGAGCUCCGGCCAACCAACGUAUGCUGCCCAAGUUCCAAUCCACUUCUCAGGAGGACGCGUCCACACGGGACCGGUCGUCUAUGGCCGCGAACAACCCUGCCCGGAAGAUCAUCAGCACGGACAACAGGUGCAGAGCGUCCAAGUGGACGGUUACGGCGCACGGCCAGGUCGCGUUUAUCAGCCAUCUUACCAGAACGCCCUCGCAGCAGCCAAGAGCUACGGCGUAGGCCAGCAACAGAUUCAACUCGCCGUGCCAAGCAACGCUAAGACCUUCCAGUACCAUGGACAGUCCUACGCGGUUCCCGUGUCAGCGGUUCCUGCAACGGCUUCGCAAGAAGACACGAAAUCCUACGUAGCCUAUGCCGGACCAGGGCAAGGGCAACACUACCACCAAAGUUAUCAAGUGUCCCACGGACCUUCUCCGGCCUAUCAAGGGGGGCCAGUGUCCGCUCCGUCUGCGGCCUACCAAGGCGGACAAUUUUCUGCACAGUCCGUGGCUUACCAAGGAUUACCACCGGCGUCCGCUCAAGCCUUCGCAGAAGGAAAGCCAUACACGUAUACGGCCAAUGGACAGACGUUCCAAGUAGUGCAGCAGACCGUUAGUGAAGGAGAACAGCCCGGCUACGGGCAUGGAGGUGGGCACGGAGGACAUGGAGGUCAGGUCUCCCCGAAGGGUUACGGGGCGUAUUCUGUUCAAGACUCCUACAGUAUUGAAGCAUCACCUGCAAAGUCAUACGGAGGAGGAGGAAGUGGUGAAGCAAGUGGUCCAGCCGGAAAUGCGAUAGGAGGACAUCACCUUCAGUACGAAGUAUCGGGGGCUUCGACUGCAAAGGGUGGCUACGGAGGUGGUGGUGGCGGCGGCGGUUAUGCGGGAGGUCCAAGUUACGGAGGUUCCGGGGGCUAUGGGAGGCCAGGAUAUCAGGUCAGCUCGUAUCCAGCAGGACAGUCUUCCUACGGCAUCUCUCCGACAGCCUACAAGUCGUCUGAUGGGGGGAAAUCAUCAUACGGAUCGUAUGGAGGCGGUAGCGGGGAGCAGACUUAUAUAGUCUCGGCGGAUGGUGGUCAGGGCUACAAAGGAGAGGAACUCAGCAAGUCCUACCCUUCAUUUUCUGGCUCUGGGCCGUCGUACGGUGGUUCUUCAGGUCCAGCGCAUAAAGGACAUCAUUAUGGUGGCACUGCACAGCAGUCCUUCAAUCAAUACACGGACCCUUCUUCGUUCUACUCGGGGAGUCCUUAUGCACAGGCAAACAGGCUCGCUUUGCUGAAGUACAACACUUUGAUGAGUAGAGCGACGUCCGUUCUUGGACAGAACACGAACCUUAAAGAAAUUUCUACAAGAUACAACCCUGGCUGGAAUUGAUGACCGUCCAUGCAGUUUCAACAUUCAUCGGGCAGACCGCGUCCGAAUUGCUGGAAACUUCUGUCGCGCGUGUCUUGCAGAAGUUCUCAGCAGUUCAGAACAAGCGCUUUCACCAAAAAAAGAUGGCAACCACGGGCGCCGGUUUACCCCUGUACAGUACUUUGUAAGAUAGUUCUAUAUUUUGUAAUUGUCGUAUUGCGUUCUUCGCCUUGCCAGAAGUGUACUUAUUUUACCGCAUCAAUAAACAUCAUUUAUUUAGUUUUCUA